AUGGAAGUUGUGGAAGGCCUCCGGACUCACUCCAGCACCGUUAUUCUGGCCCAAGACAAGUCCGGAGAGAAUGAUAGCGUAAUUCAUAUUGUUUUAUAUCUAGCCUUUUAUUUAGGUCGUAUCGUGCGGCCAGAACGAGGCCUUAGGGCUUUGGAAAUUUGAAGAUCAUGAGUUAAAUGUUGACGAUAUUGAGUUGUCGGGCUCUACACAAAACGCGAUUGCUUUUCAUGUAGGUAAUGUUAUAUUACGUAUGGAAAGUGUUUAGAAAAACAAGAUCUUUAUUGGUUUAAGCAAGCACGAAGGUUCGAAUAAUGUACUUGCUUAUUACGAUAUUGAACUGAAGAAGAUUAAGUUUCUAACGCAAUUCAGUAUGGAAAUUACGGCUUUGGAUGUUGAUUGUGAUGGGAAACUGUUAAUUGCUGGAACAAUGUAAGUUUUUGUUUGCUUGAUGUGUAUUUCUAGUGAUUUCAAUCUUAAAUGUUAUACACUGGAGGGUGGAUUUGAUUUAUGGAGAAGCUCCGAGCUAGAUGGACAGAUUUGUUCAAUUGCAAUCUCGCUUGAUUCACAAUACUAUGCGGUUUCGACUUCGAAUGGAAAUGUUUUCGUGUUUGAUACUGCAGAAAAGAGCCGCGAAGAGGCCCUUAAAACUUAUACAGUGUGUGACAAGUUUACAAUUGGAAGGUAUGCUCAUAAAGGUGCAUAAAAAAAUUUGUUUAGAGAUGGCAGCCCCAAAUUGAGUAUGUCUUGGUAUGGGAAUCUACUGUUUCUGCCCUCGAGAGGAUGUGUGAAAACUUUAAAGUUGGGAACUUGGAUUGAAGGAAUAGAAUACCGAUCUGGAUUUGACGUAAUUUAAAAGAAGAAAUCUUUAGAGUUUAAUUUAGAACGUUUUCUCCGUGGUAUCUGUAAAUGAAGAAACGGUUGCUGCCUGUUCGGCAAGUGGCCAAGUUAUCUGCUGGAAUCGAGUGAACGGCUCGAUUUGUUUUAAUGAAAUGAUCGAACAAGUAUCGGGAGACCGCUUUGUGACAUCUAUGGUCAUCAGACCCGAUGAUAAUCUUUUGAUUGCAAACAAUGGAGUAGGUUUAGAUAAGUGUUACUUUAUUGUUUAUUUAGGGAAGCGUUUACAAUGUGAGCUGGCCCAGAGAGGAAAAUACCAUGAGUGUUCAAGGUUUGUCUUAUUGUACAUUAAAAAAUGAAGUAUUUAGACGAAAACGACGACGAGGGAGAUCUUGCCAAAAUAAAGUCCCAGUACAAUAUGAGCCAUGUUAUGGAGACUGAUGAACCUGCUGUGAUAGAAAUCCCGAAGAAACAGAGAAGGAAACUUCCAAAAUUAUUGCAUCCUGGACGAUUCGAUGCUAAAGACGGAUGUAAAUGCUUAGUGUGGAACAGAUACGGAAAGAUCGUAGCCGUCGAAACCGAGGAUGACAACUGCAUCGAAGUAAACUUCAAUGACGCCUCAGUGUCUGAGGACUUUGUGGAAGAUAAUCUGAGUUCAAACUUUGAAUUGGGUGAUAUGAAUGCAAAUGUUGUGGCCCUAGCUUCAAGAAAGAGCAGUGCUAAUGAAAGUGUUCUUUAUGUCAGAAAUGUUGGUGCAUGGCAUCGAGACUGCAGAAUUUGGAAGAAAGUCAUGCGUGAGAAAGAAAUUAUUCAGGAAGUUGUGGUUGGCCAAGACUUCGUGGCCGUCUACACAGAUAUGAGAUUCCUCCGGAUCUACUCUUUAAAUGGAUUACAGCGUCUAAUAAUCUCUGUUCCUAACAACAUCCAUGCACUUAUUUCCGGGUCUAAACAGCUGGCUGUGGUCACUGUAAACUCCUUUUUGGAGGACGGAGAAAGGGAAGAAUUUCAGGUAUGGUUGAUUAAACUUGUUAAUGGUUGAAUUUUAGUAUGAGGUGGAAUUGAUGGACAUAUCCAUUUUCAAGACAAAUGUAAUUAGUCGUCGAGUCAAGGUUCCUCUUGCUCUAAGUUACGAGUCUGAUCUGGUGUGGAUAUCAUUUACAAACAAGGGUCAUUUGGUCACCAUGGACAACCUUUUCAUGGUCCGAAUCCUCAACGAAACUCAUCUUUGGGUUCCAGUUUUUAACGGCGCUGAAGAACUCAAUGAAUCUGAUGACACGAUUUGGCCAAUAUAUGUGACGGAGACUCCCUCUCCCCAGUUCAGACAUCUCUAUCUCCGUCAUAGGAGCAUCCCGAGUCUGAAGAAAACGGAGGUUACUUCGGUUUCACCUCUUCGAAUCCCUAUUCUAACAUCGGAAAAUGAGAAAGAAUCCGAGCUAGAGGCAGAGUUACUCCUGAAUGACUUCUUGAGCAACACCUCCAGAAACGCCGAUGCAGAUUCUGCUAAACUUCUGAAGGAGCAUUCGGCUUUGAUGAUCAAGCUGUUUUCAGAAGCUCUGAGAGCGAACAAUGAAGGGAAGGCCUUGGAGAUGGCGGCUGUUGCAAAGCAAUUACAAACUAUUCAAAUUCUCUGUAACUUUGCGGCAAAACAAGGCCGAUCUGUUCUAAGCGACAAGGUAAGGGAUUGUUCCAUCGAUUGUAUCCUCUUAGGUGUCUGAAAUAGGGAAGAAUCAACCUUUGAACGCUUUUCAAGAGAACCAGGGGACUCGAGUCAGUACCCCCGGGACGUUAAAUCGACGAGUAGAAUUGAAAAGGAGAGCCACUCUUCUUCCUGAUGUAAACAAGACGCAAGAAUCCAUCAAUACUUCGAUCAGUAUGUCUGCGGAGACCUCCAUGAACAUCUUUGAGGAUUCAGCUGCCCCAACCCCAUUAAAUCCAUUCAAGGUAAGAGUUUUGUAUUACAAAUAGUUGAUCGUGUGUUUAGAGAAAUUAACGUUGUUUUUAAGAGGCAUGGGCAAUUCACAAAAUCCCCGGAGAAAAAGAAGAGCAAAGAUGUCUUUGGUUCUCUGUUAAGUUAA